CCUCAUAGUGGUUCUCAGCACAGCCAGGGAAGAAUUGAUGGCCCCCCGGGACCCAUUUGAUUGGCACCCCCUCUGAAGAUGAUCUCCUAAGCAAACACCCCCUUCUAAACUGGGGAUGUAGGGCUUUGAAACUAGAAAAUGCCAGGUCUGAAAGAGAAGAAAGAACAAGUCCGGCAACACACAGAGCUCUGUGUAUUCAGAGAGAAGUUGGCAGGAUUGUGCUCGGGCAGAGAAACUCCGAGUGGUACAAAGGGACGUGCCCAGAGUGAAGAAAUCAUGCUAAUUGUCUGCGCCGAAGCUGGAGAACGCCACCCAAAAUGAAGAGAGAAAGGGGAGCCCUGUCCAGAGCCUUCAGUGCCCUGCGCCUCACUCCUUUUGUCUACCUUCUUCUGAUCCAGACAGGGCCCCUGCAGGGGGUGAACAUCACCAGCCAGGUCCGCCUGAUCCAUGGCACGGUGGGGAAGUCCGCACUGCUCUCCGUGCAGUACAGCAGCACCAGCAGCGACAAGCCCGUGGUGAAGUGGCAGCUGAAGCGGGACAAGCCAGUGACCGUGGUGCAGUCCAUUGGCACAGAGGUCAUUGGCAACCUGCGCGCUGACUAUCGAGACCGCAUCCGCCUCUUUGAAAAUGGCUCCCUGCUUCUCAGCGACCUGCAGCUCACCGAUGAGGGCACCUAUGAGGUGGAGAUCUCCAUCACGGAUGACACCUUCACCGGGGAGAAGACCAUCAACCUCACUGUGGACGUGCCCAUUUCGAGGCCACAGGUGUUAGUGGCUUCGACCACUGUGCUGGAGCUCAGUGAAGCCUUCACCCUGAACUGCUCCCAUGAGAACGGCACCAAGCCCAGCUACACCUGGCUGAAGGAUGGCAAGCCCCUCCUCAAUGACUCGCGAAUGCUCCUGUCCUCCGACCAGAAGGUGCUCACCAUCACGCGCGUGCUCAUGGAGGACGACGACCUGUACAGCUGUGUGGUGGAGAACCCCAUCAGCCAGGGCCGCAGCCUGCCCAUCAAAAUCACCGUGUACAAAAGAAGCUCCCUCUACAUCAUCUUGUCCACAGGAGGCAUCUUCCUCCUUGUGACCUUGGUGACAGUGUGUGCCUGCUGGAAACCCUCCAAAAAGUCUAGAAAGAAGAAGAAACUGGAAAAACAAAACUCCCUGGAAUAUAUGGAUCAGAAUGAUGACAUCCUGAAGCCAGAAGGUGAGCUCCCAGCGGCCCACUCACCCAACCCAUCCUCACUCAGAUCAGUGGGCUUCUGGGAAAAGGCAGAACUGGGCCUCAAGGAAGCCGGCUCUGCAGGGCCCCUUCCUCCACCAACUGCCCGAAGACUGCAGAGCAGGGAGAGGUGCGGCCAAGACACCCUCCCCCGAAGUGGAGAGCAGGAGCGGAAGAACCCCAUGGCGCUCUACGUUCUGAAGGACAAGGUUAGCAGCUGUGGACUGGGUGCCUCACAAACACCAAUGAGCCCCUACCACGUCCUGGUGCUAGAUGUGUAUAUCCCUUUCUAGUACGCAGAAUGACCUGAGAAAUAGGGGUGUCCUCCCCAUUUUACAGGUUAGGAAAAUAAGGCCAAUGAAGGUGAAGGGACUUGCCCGGGAUCAACCAAGA